AUGGUUGAACUCAGUAAAAAAAUAAGACAGAGGAUUCAAGAUGAAUUUGUGGGCUUCACGUACAGCAACUUACUGAAAAAGUUACCAGAUAAUAAAGUUAAAAAAAUAGCACCUACCAUCAACCAACCAUCCACUGCCAAACCGUACCAAAAGUCGCUAAUUGAAAAAUCUAGAUAUACGAUCUAUGAGAGCAAAAUAAAACAAUCUAUGCAGAUAAGAUAA